UUGUAACAUUAGCUUUUACAAUUUUAGAAACGAUGACGCAAAUAUACGAUGAAAUGAGUCGCAAAUCGCCAGGAAAACGACAGUUCUAUUCUGUAUGUUUUGCCGAGAAGCAAGCGGAGUUCGUCAAAUCCGUUCCACAAAAUGUUAAGAAUCUCAUUCGACUUGUCAAAUAUUGGAAAAAGACUGAAGAUGUCGGACUCAAGUCAUAUGUCCUUGAAUUGCUUAUUAUUCAUCUGUGGCGAGAAUGUGAAAACCGCCAGUUUUUUUCCAUGGAGAAAAUGUUCACAAAGGUUCAUGAAAACGUUUGA